AUGUCUCACCAGGCCUUCUCAGACUCACGUGAGAAAUACCCCAAGCUGUCCAAAAGACUGCCAUCGAUUGUGGUAGAACCAACCGAGUCCGGGGAGGUGGAGAGCGGGGAGCUGCGCUGGCCUCCUGAUGACCUGAAAUCGGCGGAGGAGAAGGGUCUUCAUGGUGACCAAAGAGUCUGUGUCCAGCAGCAGCAGAAGCAGCAGCAGAUGGAUCUGGAAGGUCUGAAUGAGUAA